CUUAUUGUACUGUUAUUUGGGCACCUUUUUGCGGUAGCAGCAUCAAAGACUUCAUGAAGGCUAAGAGGAGUUCUUAAUUUCUUAGGAAAAAACCCAACAGUGUCUCUAAUGAACCAAAGAGUCUGUUUCUUCAAUCGAAGUGUUCUUUGUCAGACACAUCAAUCCUGACAUCGGCGUCCAGUCACUCUUGGGGUAGCGGGCCAUGGGGGGAGCCAAGGAGAUGAUGGAUAGCGCUUGAAGAGAGCAGCUGAGGGUCCUAGAGUUCUGACUUGCCUGUACGCUCCCAGUGGGGAAGGAUCUAAGACACAUGGAAUUGGUGUGCGUGAGCCACUAACAAGUUCUAUUUCGAUACCUAAACUUGAGUGUUAAUUUAAUAACGGAUGUCAUUUAUAACAAAACCAGAUUGAUGUAUUUACCCAAAGUAUAAUGCACUGCUUGGUUCAGCAUGUGAAUGUAAGGGGAAUUUACACUGUUGGGCUUAAUGUAAAUUAAAUUAACCUACCUAUCUUGAAUCUGAGUGUUUUUAAUAACUGGUGAAUUGGAUUGCUUUAUUAUAUUUGCUGGGAUGCUAGUUUUUUUCUCUAUUAAUACACUUAACUUGCAUUCUAGCUUCGCCAUUCAGAGACAGGCAUCGAGUGGUGGGUUGUGUGACAGUGUCUGUCAAUAGUGAAGACAAAUAGUGCCAGAGACACUUAACCCAUCCAAUCUCACCCAGGGUAUAGGAUUUGCCUCUGAAGCAGGGAGUGUCUGCAUUAAAAAUGACCUGUAGUUCUCUGCUUCAUAGAUGCUUCUUCAGCUCCUUCCUCUUCCUCCAUGGGCGGUGCUUGCAGCUCCUUUACCACCUCUUCCAGUCCUACCAUUUACUCUACCUCAGUCACCGACAGCAAGGCUAUGCAAGUGGAGAGCUGCUCCUCAGCCGUGGGGGUAAGUACCAGAGGGGUAAGUGAAAAGCAGUUAACCAGUAACGCAGUCCAGCAGCAGCAGUCAACGCCGAAGAGACACACAGUCCUGUACAUCUCGCCACCACCUGAGGACUUGCUGGACAACAGUCGGAUGUCCUGCCAGGAUGAGGGGUGUGGAUUGGAGUCAGAACAGAGCUGCAGUAUGUGGAUGGAGGAUUCACCCUCCAACUUCAGUAACAUGAGUACCAGUUCCUACAAUGAUAACACUGAGGUGCCACGUAAAUCGCGCAAACGAAAUCCAAAGCAGAGGCCAGGGAUCAAACGUCGAGAUUGUGAAGAGUCCAACAUGGAUAUAUUUGAUGCCGACAGUGCCAAAGCGCCUCACUAUGUCCUUUCUCAGCUCAGCACGGACAGCAAAGGCAACUCAAAAGCAGGAAAUGGAGCAUCUGAGAACCAGAAGGGAGCUGGAGGGAAGAAGACCCCAAUGUUGUGUGGUCAGUAUCCGACUAAGAGUGAGGGGAAGGAGCUGAAGAUAGUGGUACAGCCGGAAACCCAGCACAGGGCUCGUUACCUGACUGAAGGCAGCCGAGGCUCGGUGAAAGACCGGACACAGCAAGGCUUUCCAACUGUAAAGCUGGAAGGUCACAACGAGCCAGUGGUGCUGCAGGUAUUCGUGGGCAACGACUCCGGUCGAGUGAAGCCGCACGGGUUCUACCAGGCCUGCAGAGUUACGGGGAGAAACACCACUCCCUGCAAAGAAGUGGAUAUAGAGGGGACUACUGUUAUCGAGGUCGGCCUGGACCCAAGCAACAGCAUGACACUUGCGGUUGAUUGCGUGGGAAUACUGAAGCUGAGAAAUGCUGAUGUUGAAGCUAGGAUAGGGAUUGCUGGUUCCAAGAAAAAAAGCACACGUGCUAGGCUGGUAUUUCGUGUUAACAUCACUCGCAAGGACGGUUCAACUUUGACUCUUCAAACACCUUCUUCCCCAAUUUUGUGCACUCAACCAGCAGGAGUUCCAGAGAUCCUAAAGAAAAGUCUGCACAGUUGUUCAGUGAAGGGUGAAGAGGAAGUUUUUUUGAUUGGCAAGAACUUUCUAAAGGGAACAAAAGUGAUUUUCCAAGAGAAUGUUUCUGAUGAGAACUCUUGGAAGGCAGAAGCUGAAAUAGACAUGGAAUUAUUUCAUCAGAAUCACCUUAUUGUGAAGGUGCCACCAUAUCAUGACCAGCAAAUAACCUCAGCUGUUUCUGUGGGAAUAUAUGUGGUGACCAAUGCUGGAAGAUCACACGAUGUGCAGCCAUUUACCUACACUCCAGAUACAUCUGGUACUCUGAAUGUUAACGUGAAGAAGGAAAUCUCCAGCCCAGCCCCACAUUGUUCUUUUCAAGAGGCUAUAAAAGCAGUGAAGGCCACUGGCUGUAACCUGGAGAAGGUAAACAUUCUUCCUAGUGCCUUGAUAACUCCGCUCAUGCCAAGCAGUAUGAUUAAGAAUGAAGACGUGGCUCCAAUGGAAGUAAGUGCAGAGAAAAGAUCUCCCCCUGUCUUCAAGGCUUCAAAUGUGGUUGGACCAACUCAACAGACAUUGGAAAACAGUAUGUCCGGCAUAUCAACUUCUGCUUCCCAUUUACCUUCUGAAAAUGAAAACCAGCAACAAAUACAGCCGAAGGUGUAUAAUCCAGAGACACUAACUACUAUCCAAACACAGGACAUCUCCCAGCCUGGUAGCUUUUCAGCAGUCUCUACUCCGGGUCAGCUGCAGAACAGCGAUGCAUUAUUGCAGCAAGCUGCACAGUUCCAAACCAGAGAUUCCCAGCCCAGGGAAGUCCUGCAGUCAGACGGCACAGUAGUCACUUUGUCGCAAUUAACUGAUGCAUCACAACAACAACAGUCUACGCUCUCGGAACCAGCACAGGCGUUGCAGCAACAGAUUCCAUCAAGUAUUUUCUCAUCGGCAAGCGGCGUGAGCCAGUUACAGAACACUAUUCAGCAACUGCAAGCUGGGAACUUUCCAACUAACACUGCCACUGGCAGCAAUAGAAAUGUUGACUUGGUGCAACAGGUAUUGGAAGCUCAACAGCAGUUAUCUUCUGUCUUAUUUUCUGGUUCAGACAGCAGUGAGGAUGUUCAGGAUCAGCUAAAUGCAGAUAUCUUUCAGCAAGUUAGCCAGAUACAAAAUAGCGUCAAUUCCGGGAUAUUUUCCUCAUCGGACACGGCUGUCCAUUCCAGACCAGAGAACCUUUUGCCCGGACGAGCUGAAAAUGUUCACUCUCAGCCUGAAAAUGCAUUGUCCAACCAACAGCAGCAGCAACAGCAGCAGCAGCAGCAGGCGAUGGAGACUUCUGCGGCAAUGGUGAUAGGAAUCCAACAAAACAUUUGCCAGGCUGCAACACAGAUGCAGUCUGAUUUGUUCUCUUCAACAACUUCAGGGAAUGGAGCCCUCCAGCAAUCACCUGUUUACCAGCAGGCUUCUCACAUAAUGAGUGGGCUAUCGACAAGCGAAGACAUGCAAAUGCAGUGUGAAUUAUUCUCGUCAUCUCCUGGUGUUUCUGGAAGUGAGGCUACUCCUGCUGCUCAGCAGCAGGUCUCCAACAACGGGCCUACUAUGUUUCAGGCAUCAAAUUCUGCAGAUGGAGAAGAAGCUUCAGGACAGAGUAAACAGAUGCAAAGUACUGUAUUCCAGACCAUGGUUCAAAUGCAGCACAGUGGAGAAAGUCAAUCUCAAGUUAAUCUCUUUUCGUCCACCAAAAACAUGAUGACUGUUCAGGCGAGCGGAGCUCAACAGCAAGGAGGUGGUCUGUUCCAGCAGGGUGGAGAAAUCAUGUCUAUCCAGUCGGGAAGCUUUAUGCAGCAGUCUCCACAUUCACAAGCUCAGCUUUUCCACUCUCAGAAUCCUAUUGGUGAUACUCAGAAUAUAUCACAGGAAACACAAGGCUCUAUUUUUCAUAGUCCGAAUUCCAUUGUCCACAACCAGACCAGUACUAAUUCCUCGGACCAACUGCAGCCUCCGAUGUUCCACUCACAGAACGCCAUGGGUGUAUUGCAGAGCUCUUCAGUUUCUCAAGACCAGCAGUCUGCCAACAUGUUCCUUUCCCAGAGUUCAAUGAGCAACCCUGCAACUCAGGAAGAACAGAUGUCGUUCUUUACAAGCCCAAAUUCCAUUUCUCCUCUUCAGACAGCAACGAACACCGAACAGCAGGCUUCUUUUCAGCAGCAGACGCAGAUAUCUCAUAUCCAGAGUUCUAUGCUUCCCCAAGAACAGCCCCAGACACAACCUGCUCAGCAAGGUUUGUUUCAGUCUCAAGUGUCAUUAGGCUCCAUCCCAUCCAGUUCAAUUCCCCAGAACCAACAAGGAGCUAUCUUCCAGCCCCAGCAUUCGAUAGUCGCUAUUCAGAGUAGUCCUCCAUCUCAAGAACAGCAGCAGCAGCAACAGCAGAACAUGAUAUUCAGCAAUCAAAACGCAAUGAGUACAAUUGCUUCUCAAAAGCAAAACAUGAUUUUCAAUCCAAAUCAAAACCCAGUUACCAAUCAGGAGCAGCAAGGCCAGUCCAUUUUUCAUCCGCAGACUAACAUGGCAUCAAUGAACCAGGAGCAGCAGCCCAUGCAAUUCCAGAGUCAGACUACAGUGUCUUCUCUUCAGAAUCCUGGAUCCAACCAGGCUGAAGCACAGCAGCCAGCCAUCUUCCAUAACUCACCCCAGAUUCAGUUGGUCCAAGGGUCACCAAGUUCUCAAGAGCAACAAGUCACCCUCUUCAUCUCUUCAGCUUCCAUGUCUGCCUUGCAGAACAGUAUGAGCCAGCAAGAGCUGCAGCAGUCUCCGAUGUACUCUUCUCAAAACAGCAUGGCAGGAAUGCAAGGAACUGCUUCUCCUCCCCAGCAGCAAGCUGCUUUAUUUCACAACACAGCAGGAGGUGCCAUCAACCAGCUGCAGAAUUCUCCUGCUUCAUCUCAGCAAACAUCAGGAAUAUUCCUGUUUGGCAUUCAGAACAACUGUGGGCAGCUGCUAACUUCUGGACCAGCCACGUUGCCGGAGGAGUUGAUGGCGAUAAGUCAGCCAGGUCAGCCACAGAGCGAGGGACAAGCAGCCGUGCCAGCGCUGCUCUCCCAGCAGAUAGCCGAGACUCCUCCGCUGCCUUCAGCUAUGGCAACCAACCAGAAUAUUGAGAAAAUAGACGAUCUGCUUGUGUCAUUGCAAAACCAGGGGAACAAUAUGGCUGGCUCGUUUUAAUUAGUCAAAAAUUCCGUGAAGAAAAAAAGUGAUGAUUUCCCAGAUCCUCUCAGACCUUCCAACUCUGGAUUAGGCUGUGUGGAACUGAUUGCUUCUGUCAAAAAGUGGCCCUCUUCUCUAAAGAGCACACACGUGGCCAAUUGCAGCGUCUAGCACCUAAGGCUGUGACCGUAGUAUUUGGGAUUUGUAGUGCCAAUAAUGCUGAAAAGCUAUGCUUUGUUUUACUAGGGCAUGGGAUUGUACUGUUACUAGAGUCCUAGACCUCAUUAACAGUGGGGUGCUCUUCAGUGUAAAGCAUACCUGGUCAGUUAUUAUUGUCGUUAGAAGGUAAUCCAUGUUACCACGUUUACUUUUUUUCCCUCCUCUUCCUUCUUCACGUCCCCUCUUUUGACUAGAAAAGCUUCUGAAGCAGAAACAUCGAACGCCUGUGACACGAGUCACGACUCGUAGCUGUCAGUACGUGAAGGGAUCGCGUGUUUUACAGUCCAGCGGACAGCUAACGCUGCGAUUUUGUAAUCGCAGUAGGUGGCGAUGAAAAAUAUUGCUAACUGUAAUAAACAAGCAGAGAAUUGCUCCUGUAGCUAGCCAGAGGUGGGUGCUUCCCAUCUGAGCAGGCGAUUAACGGUUUUCCGUGUCUUUUAGGUGUAACUGUACAUAGAGCAAGGCUUUGGUGGCUCUAACAGCAGGAAGGAACGAAGGGGAGCUUUCAGUUACAGUUUGCUCUUAAAAUCUUACCCACUAAAAUACCUUCAGCUUGAAAGGAACGUUCUGCCUGGCCGAGGAAAGAACUGCUCUGUGUCUCACUCUGAUUGUAUGGGUUAGAGCUCGGCAAAGCUGCGUUAGCCGUUCUCAAACCAGCCUUCUCCCUUUCUUUCUUUUCAUGGUUUUCCUCCUCUCUCCCUCAGUUUCAUAUUGCAUUUUUAAAAAAGACGUAAAUAUCCUACUGGCUUUAACGAUCAGAAGCAGCUUUUAGGAAUCUAUGACGUAAAAUUGCUUAGUCAGUAGAAGCUUUGACAAAUAAUCAAGGACUAAGGAAAGAGGAAGCAAUUUCUCCACUGCCUUCUCAAUGCAGGAAUCCCCCUUAACCAGUCCGUUUCCAGCUCUUACUGAUGCAAACCUUCAGCUUGACAUUACUCCAAGUAGGGGGCAAAUUACAUCAUUUGGAGGCAUCCUUGAAAGUUUCACUGCAUCCUGAGCUGUUGCAUCUUCGUAGCAUAUAGAGCUCAUUGCAGUUUCAAAGUGAUUUUUUUUUUUUUCCCUACCAACAAUCCCCCAAGUCUAGUUUCUAGAUUGUCAUGUUUCGAUUAAAGAGAAAAAGUUAAAUAAAAUACCAGUGACUGAUGUUACCGAAUGUAAAAACAACCCACUCCAGACCAUGCAGUUGUAUUGUGAGGCUUGUGAAUUUUUUGGGUGCUCCAACUAUGCGGACAGUUUUGUGCUCGCUCACCACGGCCUCAGUCGGAUAUCUGUCCUCCUCCUCCUGCAGGUAGAAAGCUGUCGCAGCGGUUAGAGCCAAACAGCUGUCACGUACGGCUAUUACGCCUUGGUAGAGAGUAGUUGGUAUCACGUCAUUCUUCAUUUUUGUUAUUUUAAAUAACAAAGAACAGUCUGUACGUAGUUUUUCAGUUCCUGUAGUCUGUUCACCGUGUCGGUUUUUUUUUUUUUGCCCCGUACCUUGUGUGCGUAGUUGAGCCGUGUAGAGUUUCUGUUUGUUUAAUGGUUCUCCCUGUUUGUCGGUCUGUCAUCACGUUCACUCUCUCUUUCUGUCUCUCUCUUUCUCUCUCUCAUUGAGAGGCAUUGAAUUACGUUUUCAGUAGUAAGGCUUCUUGCCGAUAUGAAGGGAACUUUUCAGAAAGAGACCUGCUCUGGGUCAUUUAAUUUUGAAUACAGUUUUCAAUCGUUCAAGUUUUGGAUGGUUUAUAUCUAAUGUGUGUUUCAUUUUUUUGGAAAGCUAUAUUUUGUAUUUAGGAAAUGGUAUACUAUUUUGCUAUUUGUACUGAGUGAGUACAUUGGCAUAAAUAUAAAAAUUUAUAUAUAUACAUAUAUAUAAAAUAUUCUUUUUGCCACACAUUUUUGUGGUAAAUUUGUGAGUUUGUCUGAUGUUCUACCACAACGUGGCGUCUGAUAACAGUGGGGUGGGGUGGGGUUUGUUAUGUCUUUAUUGAGUAUUUAAGUACUUUUUGCAACAUAAAGAACUCGUUCAUCUCUCGCCAUUCCAUCAGGCAGUGUAUCGUUCCAACUGGCUAUGAGAAGCUUCGCUGUGUGUUUUGAUGUGUCUGUCACUCAGCAAUACGAUCUAGUCAGGAAACCCGUAGGCAUUUAGGCGUAUAUAAAAUAAUGGGGUUUCAUUCAGAAUGAGCCAUUCAGCUUUUAUCCACUAUCAUUGUCUAUUUAAUAUUUUAUUAUUAGCGCCUCUGUGUUUUAACUCUUAAUUUAUGAUUAUGCUAAAAUGUUUAAAAUUUUAAUCAUGAUAAAAAGAAUUCCCUGCUUCAUAAUGUCCAGAGCUGCUUUAUAACCCUGAACCAUACUUUUCUUUCUGUGAUUUUUUUGGUUUGUUUUUGUUUUUUUUUUUUUUUCCCCUGCUAAGACAAAAUAUUAACAAAAUCCCGUUAUGGUUCAUGACAUGAAAACAGCGAUCUUGCAGCAUUGACUAAAUGCUACACGAGGCGAUGUAGAAGACUGAGAAUUAUGGACCGAAACAACUUCCAGAUGGUCGUGGAAGCCGGUAGCCAGUUAUUCAGACAGCAACUGGUGGCGUUUGCAGGAUCGCAGUCCCAGGACGAGCUGCUGGGCGUCAUCUGGGGCCUUCAUACACAGAAGAAGUAAUAGGAAUGAUAAAAAUUCACUUGUGUGCUGCUUCGAUUCGUUCCGUUGUUCGAAGGGGUGUAUCCUUACGUUGAGGUGCUGGUGGUCAGUGCCAAGUCACCAGGGACCAAUUCUCCAUUUACCGAGGUGGGUGUCCAAAGGAGAACUUCGUACCGAGACUGCUACAGCUCCAGGGGAAGGGUAUGAUUGAAUUGUGGGCGUAUUUUGGGUCGCUUAUGGAGAGAAGAGAAAAAAAAAAUGUAAAAAAAAAAAAAAAAUUAAUAAAAAAAGGGCUGUGCUAUCACAUUUUUCACUUCUGGAUAACACCUUUCUUGUGUUAAAUUUGUUCAUUUUAGGUCAGUGUUUAAAUGUACAACACUUGGAACAUGUGAUUUGGUUACAAAAAGUAUUUGUCUUAUGAAAGAAGAGAUUGCUCAGCGGUUGAUUAGUGCUUGAAGUGCUGCUUGCAGACAGCUCUUACGAGGGUAACGAGAGGUUUGGCAAAAUGGUAAAGACCUGGCAGGCUGCGGGAUUUCAUGGCAGAAAGACCCGAGAGCGGUGUGAGCCACAUCUGUAGUUUAUCAGUCCCGAACAUUGACCUUUGGGGUGUAAGCAGUGGAUACUUGGAGCUUACUCUGCCUUUUUUUUUUUUUUAAAUUGUUCACUGUGCUUACCCCUCCGCACGCUCGCACUGGCGCUGCCCGUUGCCUGCGGGGCUGAGGUGGUUCCAGGUCUGGCCCCGUUUGGUCGAGAGAGUUAGACGGUACCGAGACACGAGUCUCUAAUAAACCUGAAGUUCUGACGUUAUUGUAAAGGAGGAGUUCCUGUCCUUACUGUCGUAUCCACAGAGCAGCAAUUAAAUACAGAAGAUGCUACUUGGUGAAAAACUAAUAGCUUGUGCUGCGUUCUCUGGUCCGCUCACGCGCUGCCAAAUAGAGAUACAGAAAUAAAAAAAGUCACGUGGAUGACGCGUAGCACCCGAAGUUCUUGGGUAAACAUCUCCCUGGCAGGACGUUGUUGGAGCUUUGUGCUUAAUUAGCCAGUCCGCGUUUUGUUAUUAAUUGCCUCUUCGCCGGCUGAUCGCCUCACUCAAGCCGAGUGCUUUGCUAGUAUUCUAACAAAAAUAGCUGAAGAGACAAUUUCAGCUUUGCCAUUUCAAAGUGGAUGUUUAAUCACCGACCAUUUUAUUAGAAUUAAUUACUGACAGGGCGGUCGCUUCCUAUGUAGUGUUAAGAUAGACUAAAGCACGCGCAGUUAAGCGUUCGGAACUUCAGCAGGUUUUUUUCCUGGAAAUCCUAAGUCUGGGCAGCUCUAUCAGUGGACAUUCCCCUAAUUGAGAUGAGUUGGACUUUUUUUUAAAGCGUCUGUUGUAGUAUUGAUUUAGGAUAUUGUUUCUAAAAAGAAAACUUGUCUGAGCAGGUUUUUUACUCCUGUUGCCUUUCCAGAGACCUCAGAAAGAAGUCGGAAGCUUGUUUGGGAUAAAGCAGUGUUUAAAUCGCUAUUUGAGUAGCAGGAAAGGUGAUUUAUUAAAAUAAAAAUGAAAAAGUUGUUACUGGACUAGCGUGUGUGUGCACACGGUCAGUAAGCGUGAGAAAAGGGUUUUGCCGUCAGUUGUUGAAUCUCGUGCGGCUGCGCGGCAGACGCGGGUCGCUGCUUCGGGUGCUGGCGGGAGAGGACACGAGGGUUACGACUCGUGGCCGAGCCACGGAAGCAGGAACGGGGAGAAGGAGUCGCUUCGCGUGCUCUGAGCUGUGAGCGCAGGCGGAAGGCGAGAAGGAGAAAUACUGAUCGCCGGUGACGUCGCGUUAGUGCAAAACGUAUUUUCCAAGGAAUAAGUGUGUUCUGUGUUCCAGAGGGACUGGUGGCAGCUCCGUUAUUUUAGAAGCUAAAAGGAAACCGGUGCCGAGAUGCUUUUGGGGUUUUUGUUUUACCGGGGAGCCGUCCUUUGGGAUGGAUUGCGAGAACUCCGUGUUCUUGCUCGGACCAGUUACACCAGUUGCGUAUGUCAGUAUGGAGCCCGCAAACAGCCUGUGCCGCUGCAGGCAGGGAUGGCGCGCGGAGCAUCCCCCUCGGACACGGAUCGGGGGUGGUUACCCACAAGGAAAAAGGCAGCAGGAGGUGAACUGCUGUACGAGGGGACACGAGAAAUCCCGCGGCUGCGUGUGGGGCGCUGAGGGGUUGCACGGGAGGAGAGGCUUCUCCUUUCUUACGACCUGUGGCGGUGUGUAAAUAUGGCAAGCCUGUAUAUUCUAGGGUGAUAUAUGUGUAUAUAGAGGACUCCUAUAUCUAUUACAUAGAAAUAAUUAGUAGACACACACAUAGAAUACUGUUAUCUUUACAUUUUUAUAAACCGGAAAUAAUAUUACUUUUCCUUAGCAUUUACCAAGGUUUUUGUAGUAACUCGGUAGUAGUUGUAUAAACACCUUUCAGUACUGUACACGUGGCGCCGUUGGCAACGUUGCUCCAGAAACUCGCUCUGCUUGUGAACGUCGGGAACAUCCCUGGGUUUAAAAACAGCUGUACACUUUUGUAUUUUUAUAUAUUUUUAUUAAGAAUCGCAGAUGUGCCAUUAGCAGAACGGUAGAACCCAGCGCCUUGCCCGCCGGAUGGGCUCGGGAAACGCGGCGGCGGCAGAGGCGUUCUGCAUCCGCCUGCUCCCCGCCACCUUCCAAGCGACUCCUGGCUCCAGGACCUUUUCCGUUCCCCGUCUCCCGCGGCUCGUGCCGGUAGGGAACAGCGGUGGCUGCGCUGCUCCGCGGGAGCCAGUCUCCCGGUGGGGGUCGUUGAAUGUUCUUGCCUAGCGAAGCAUCCCGGCUGCCGCGCAGUGGGGUCGGUUUGGAUCGGGAAGGUGAAGCUUGAUCUGUCGUUCCUCUCCUCUCUGGUCUGGUAAAGGCAGGGGCAUCUUUAAAUUAUUUUUUUAACUGACUCUGUACUGCACCAGUCGAUACCUAGAAAAGCCUCUCCGUGAAAGCUGGUGAAAGCUCUCCCUGGUUUCUAGCCGUGCCCCGACUCGUACUGAUUUCUUACAGCUUGUGAGAGAAAUUCAGCUCUCAAAGAAAUCCAGAUCGUAAAAGCCCUGGCAUGUAUUUUGUCUCCAGGACUCUUCAGGCCACAUCAGGCGUGUCGCUGCGGUGUGGCAUUAGGUUGCCGGCUGGAUGUUACUGUCCUGGUACCGGCUUUCUCCGAGCGCCUCUGCCAAAGCGACCGUCCCGAUUCCCUCUCUCGCCCAUCCCUUGCAGGUCCGAUCUCUGCUGCCUCCGCAGAUGCAGAGCUGCUGCCGCAACUUCUGCUGGUAGAGGUCAUGAAAUUGCCUCAGAGCAUUCAAGUGUUCUGGGAGAAGGGUGAGGAGUCCGAGGAUUUCCCUGCUCGCUGGGACACUCGCCUGCGCUCUUUGCAGGUGGCUGCUUCAGCCUCCAGAACCGCAGCGCCCAGCGGCAGCCCCCUCUCCCCCUCUCCCCUCUCCCAGCUCUCUGCAUUUGCUCCAGCACUCAGAGGAGCGAAGGGUCCCGCGUUUGGAUCCCCUGGGGGCCCUUUGCUCCUUUCCAGUCCUGGGCCGGAGCCGGGGGCCUGGCAGCGGGUCCUUGUGCGACGGGUCCCCACGCAGCAGCGCGGCCGCCCUCGGGUAUCGGCGCUGGGGGGAAGCGGUAUCACAAGUGGGAUACCACACUCCGGUAGCCUGCUCAAGCAGACCACAGUAUGCCUGAAGUGUUUUUAUUUAUUUAUUUUUUUAAAAUUCUGGACAUUAUUUGAAAUGAGGCGAUUUGAAAUCUUUAGAUCUGAGCUCAUUAUUGAGUAAGCUCCAAAACCCUUCAGAGCUUUCUACCUCUGUUGCCAGCUGCAUCUGCAAGUGGUUUACCCGCCUUUCUGCCGUGUUUUCCUGGGGUGCACUGAUCGACCGCUGAGCUGCCUCUUCCCCUGUCCUGCAAUGUGAAAGUAGCACCAGAUAUUCCUCUCUGCAUUUCUGUGUAUAAUGGCUUUCGUAGUUGGGAUUUCAAGGCACUGAUACCCGGUGUUUUCAGUUUGUUCUAUGAGGGGAUAUUUCAUUUGCAUCUAUGUUUUUAGCUAUCCUGUGAUAACUUGUUGAAUAUUAAAAAAUAAAAAUAUUUUGCUUCUAUUGGGACAUUUGUAUACUCGCAACUAUAUUUCUGUAAACAGCCGCAGUCAAGAAUAAAACAAUGAAAGUUUUCAUUUUGCAGUGUAAA